GUAAUUCUGGCAUUUCCGCGCCUUUAAGAGAGAUGUCUCCUGACCACGAUCCUCAGUCACCAUCAUCCAUCCUUGCGAGUCAACCGGCAUCUAUAUACUCCCCAUCUAUGUCUCACACUCCGAUAUCAAUGGAUGCGCCGCUGGACAGCUUAGCGUACCUGCAUUUCGCCUUGCUCUAUAUCGACGAAACUGGGAAACUACGAUUCGAAGCUUCUCCCUCGAUUGCGAAUAACUGUCAGACGAUUCUGUCACCAGAUGUAACGGACUCUUUUCUACGAGCGGUGGCAUUGUCCAACAAAGGAGAUACAACCAAGCUUCUUGAAUCUUCCGAGGGCAAGUUCGAAGACUCAAGGGGGAGGAGUCCACUCUCGCCAGAAUCACCGGACGCUCCGGGUAUCAGCCGUAGAGGCUCGAUUUUCCAACAUACAGACAGCCAGCAGUCAAAACGAAAACGGGUUUCCCACGAAUGCGUGGUACCCAUGAGCAUAACAUGCCAUCCGAAGACUAUGCUCCCUAUUCGGAACCAAAGCCUACUCCGACGAUACUAUGAGAAAGCUUUCGAGAGCCUGCAACAGAUCAACUGCCGCAUUUUAGCCAAAGCCUAUAUCAAGCUCGUUGAGCCUCGGAAACAAGUCAACUACCCUUAUAAUGGCCGCAAAAUCAUCUCAGGCUCUUCUCAGCAAUUCGAUCCCGAGAUGACGAAGCCUGCCUGGUGGCCUACAGGCGUUACUCACCGCGAACCAGAUCACCUACUGAAAGCUGAGAGAAUCCGUCUUCUUGUACACAUUCUCUGUGAGCUUCGCGAGAGCCACGCAAUCUGUGUCGAGAAAUUGAAAGAAGCCGAUCAAUCCAUCCGCCGACAAAUUUCCCCUGUCGAGCGUCUCCAGGUUCUUGAUGAGAUCUACCGUGUGCGUGAGGAAGAGGAAAGCUACCUCGAUGGCAGAACAGAUGGCCAGGCUGUUGUCUACAUGACAGAUGCCCAAGCAUCUCUUUGCUCCCCAACUGGCUCAAUGCUGAGAUCGGACUCCAUGUAUCGCAAAGAGAUUCCCGACCUAGAAUCUCACACCUCAGUUUUCCCAUCCUCUGGCAGCUCCCCUACCAGCGACAUCCACACAACCCGGAAAGCACAUUCGUCCCAGUCGCCCUCAGCUGCAGCCUGGGAUGCCGUCAGCAAGCGACCCACACCGGAUACUGCCACUCCAUACACGCUUGACCUCACCACUUCCGCCCUUUUCCCACACCAAGAACCCAGCACACCUCUAGAUGGACAAUCCUUUACCCUGAAAUACUACACAGAUCCGCACCUGGCUGCUCACCACCCGCUCCAGCCGGGUGUACAGGGACACUCACAGUCCCAAGCCUCCAUGCCUGUCAUGGGUCUAUCAGGCGCCGAUCUGGGUUGUACAAAUCCUUACUAUUUUAAUUAUUAGCGGUUCCUUUCUCCCUCCAUUUUUCUUCUUCACCUUCCUAUCCUUCUCCUCGGGGCUGUGCUUCGGACGUGUUUGAGUAUCGUUGAGAACCAGGUUCAAGCACGUCAGCCAUGGAAUUUACUGUACUUACUAUUUCCUCUCCUUUGAUUUCCUUUGUCUUUGUCUGCUUUCGGGUUCACUCCAAGGAGUCCUGGUGUACAUCUAACUAAUACAGCUAAUGGGAAAGGGGGUGGCAGGCGUCCAAGAUAGACAACUUUUACUGCUUCAUGUGUGGUACAUGGCAAGAGUACCUUAUCUAGCGAUAUGUACAAAGAUACCUAGUCUCAUAAUAAACAUCUUAUUGUCUACUUC